AGGGUUUAAGCGUUAGGGUUCUUCCAACCAUCGCCAUGACGCUAUCUCGCUUAAUCCUCCGUUCCCUCCGCCGUCCCACAGCCGCUGCCUUCCACCACCUCCUCCCAUCUCCACCGACAAACCCUACCUUUCUAAUCCCUAUUAGAUCUUUCGCCUUUUCUUCAGCAGAGGAAGCAGCAGCCGAACGCCGCCGUCGCAAACGCCGCCUCCGCAUCGAACCCCCACUCCACGCCCUGCAACGUGAUCCCAACGCCCCACGCCCAAGACGUGACCCUAACCAACCUGACACUACAUCUGCGCUGGUUGGACCUCGACUCAGUCUCCACAACCGCGUUCAAUCGUUAAUCCGAGCCGGAGACCUCGACAAUGCCUCCGUCGUUGCUCGACAAUCUGUUUUCUCCAGCACUCGUCCCACCGUCUUCACCUGCAACGCUAUCAUCGGCUCUAUGUAUCGUGCGAAGCGGUAUUUGGACGCCAUAGCUCUUUUUACCUACUUUUUCAAGCAAUCUAACAUAGUUCCUAAUGUUGUUUCUUACAAUUUCUUGAUUAUCUCUCACUGUGAAAACGGAGAAGUUGAUAAAGCUCUAGAAGUCUACGAACAUAUAAAGGAGAAUGCCCCCUUUAGCCCAUCUGCAGUUACUUUUCGCCAUUUAACCAAGGGUUUGAUUGAUGCCGGACGAAUUGACGAAGCAGUGAACUUGCUAUGGAAAAUGGUGGGCGAUGGCCACGGUGCUGACUCUCAUGUUUUCAAUAAUAUCAUAUCUGGAUUUCUUAAUCUGGAUAAUCUAGAGAAAGCCAAUGAAUUUUUUGAUGAGCUUAAGGGUAGGUGCAUGGUUUAUGAUGGUAUUGUUAAUGCCACUUUUAUGGAGUGGUUCUUCACUAAAGGUAGGCCAAAAGAAGCUAUGGAGUCUUACAAAUCUUUGUUGGAUAAGGAAUUUAAGAUGGUUCCUGCUACAUGCAAUGUGCUUUUAGAGGUUCUGCUUAAAUGGGGCAAGAAAGCCGAGGCUGAGGCUUUGUUCGAUAGCAUGUUGGAUAGGCACACCCCACCUGUUGUCCAAGCUGUGAAUUCCGAUACUUUUAAUCUAAUGGUAAACGAAUGUUUUAAGAUGGAGAAGGGGUCAGAGGCAUAUAGUGUUUUUAAGAAGGCGGGUAAGGCUCCCAAGUCCAAGCCUUUUGCAAUGGAUACAGCGGGUUUCAAUAAUAUGAUCGCACGGUACUGUGAGACUGAUAUGGUAGAUGAUGCUGAGAAAAUGUUUGUGGAACUGUGUGGCAAGUCGUUAUCACCUGAUGUCAACACUUAUAGGACCUUGAUUGAUGCUUAUUUUAAGGUAGGAAGAAUUGAUGAUGCUAUGGAGAAGUAUAUCAAGAUGGUGGAUACUGGCUUGAGAGUGAUUCCCACUUAUGCCAACAAAUGGUUCUCUGAAUUAAUUGAGAACGGAAAGAUUGUGGAGUGCGAGCCAAUUUUGACUAAAAUGGCGGAAAGAGACCCGAAACCAGAUGCUACUACCUAUGAUAUUGUGAUCAGGGCGCUUUGCGGAGCUUCUAAUUAUGACACAAGUUUGUUUUUGUUACAACAAAUGGUCAGGUAUGGUGUUGGUGUAGCCCCUGUACUUAAGGAGCAUGUGUUAGAGGUCUUUGAUAAGGUAGGGCGCAGGGAAGAGAUUGAUCGACUUCUAAACGCCAGAUGGCCAGGUUAUACUGCAAAUAGCCCACCCUAUGGAAAUGCACAACAGCAUGGUGGUGGAAAUCCAAAUGGAUAUCGACAGCAGACUGAAAGUAUACCUCAUGGCAAUGUGAAUGGGUUUGGACAGAGGCAUCAGUAUGGAAAUGGACAGCAAAACAAUAACGGAAACGAUUAUGUGAAUAGACAGCAAUACAACAUUAGGAAUACACAGCAGUAUGAUAAUGGAAGCAAUAGUGGAAGUGGACAUCAGUACAACACCGGAAGCUAUAAUGGAAAUGAACCACAGUAUGGUAAUAGAAGCUAUAAUACGAAUGGGCAGCAAUACAACAAUGGAAGCUGGAAUGGGAAUGGGCAGCAGUAUAACAGUGGAAGCUAUAAUGCCAAUGGACAACAAUACAACAGUGGAAGCUAUAAUGGCAAUGGACAGCAAUACAACAGUGGAAACUAUAGUGGCAAUGGGCAACAGUACGCAAGUGGAAACCAUAAUGGCAAUGGGCAGCAGUUUGGAACUAACUUGCAGAACGGAGGUGGACUACACCAUGGAAAUUGGCAGCAGAACGGAAAUGGAAUGCAGAAUGGAAGCGAGCAGCAGCAUGUAAAUGGGGAGCAAGGAUACGAGCAGCCUCAAGCUGGUUCUGCAGCAGCUUAGGUAGGGCAUUGCGGCUAGUAACUACGUUGCAAGGUAUUUAUUCCAUACUUCCAGUUCUUGGAAUAGGUAAAGAAAAAGGCAACCAGAUUAUAUUUUGCAAGAAAUGCUUGUCUCACCUUCUACAACCAUGAGGUGUUUUUCUUGUGAACCAUUUCUUGGUUUAUGGUAUCCGUUGAACUGUUGGUUUGGAGUUUACUUGUAUGUAAUUUAUCUAAAUGCCAUUCAGUUAUCUUUCUUUUGUUAUAGUUAUAGCACAACAUUGAGGUUAUAAUGAUAAAUUAUUAUGAAAA